GCCACCCUGCUAAAAUAUAAAUUCUUAAUCAAAUUUCAAUUGCAUUGAUAUCGAAUUUCCGCAGUCAUGCUGUUAACAUUGUUAUUUUUUUAAAUAUUUAUAUUAUUCUUAAGUAAAAUCAAGAUUUUAUUAGUAAGAACAUAAAUUAAUUAUGGAAGCAGCAAAUGCGUUAUUAAGUCAGAGUGUUAUAAAACCUGGUUUUCAAAAAGGUUAUAAAGUACCAGUUAAUAUCAAAAGCUCAAGAAUAUUAAAGCGAAAUAAAAAGAAAGAAGAGGCAAAAACAAAAGGAAAAGAUUGGUUUGAUCUACCAGCAACUAAAAUUACUGAUAGCGUUCGACAUGAUUUAGAUGUAAUUCGAAUGCGUUCUGCUUUAGAUACUAAACGCUUUUACAAAAAAAAUGAAACCGAGGCUUAUCCAAAAUAUUUCCAAAUUGGUACAGUUAUUGAUUCACCAUUUGAUUGUAAAUCUGGCCGAUUGACUAAAAAAGAAAGAAAACGAACAAUGGUUGAUGAACUCUUAGCAGAUGCUGAAUUUAAACAAACAACAAAAAAACGAUAUAAAAAUAUUCUUAUGGCAAAUCCAAGACUAGCACUGAAAGUUAGAAAAGAAAAUAGAAAAAUUAAAAAAUUAAAGAAAAAAAAGAAAUAAUUUUGUUCAAAUGACUAAUUUUAUAAAUAUUUGUUAAUAAAUUAUUUUUAUUGCAAAAUUAAAAUUUUUAUAUUUAAUUCUGCAAUUAUAUAAUUUUAAAAUAUUACAAUAUAUACAGUAAUAUACUUAACUAUAAUUUUGAUUC